AUGCCGCCGCGUGUUCAACCCAGCUUGUCCGAGGCACGGGCAUUGGACGCUGAAGGCUUGGGUAGAGAGAUCGCACAACAGGUGAACCGCACACUGAGUGGCUAUCUAGAUCAGAUCCGAGAGCGUGUCCGGGAGACUAUGAGCGCCGAGAUAGAUCAGUUCCGUGAACGCGUUCGAGAACGUAUGGUCGCCAUUGGAGGCCCUCCCCCGGUGCUUGCAACGAUUCCCACCGCGGCUACCAUCCCCACGGCUCUACACGAAACUGGAGAACAGAUUAUUGCCGAGUUUCGGGACCAGAUGGAUUCUUUGAGGAUUACUAGGGCCACACGCCGCGCCCGCAUUGCGCCCGUCAACAGUCAGACCGCCAUGCCCGACGACACCGAUUACGAGCUCAUUGUCCAAGGAUCUCGCGCUCAGGCCGUCCACUAUGGCCGUGGAGUUCACAACCGUUGGCCACGGUCACGAGUCCACCCCCCUUACCUCCCAGCCCGCGAGAUCCCACUGAGCUGCCAGGACGCGUGUCGAUGUGCCCACCUCUACUACGAAACUGCACCUCAUCGGUUCCAAAGCUUGCAGCUCGGUGACGUGAUGCAGGACUACGACAGGGACUUGAGGCGUAGAGUUCGCCGUCAAGCUUUGGGCGAGACUGGUCUCUUCAGCACGACGCCGGACCGAGCUCUCGUAGAGCUGCGACAGGCUCGAUCACUUGCUGGAAUCGACGUGAGCGAGUACGAUGUAGAGAUUACAAGGAGAAUUCUAGCGGAUCCGUCAGGGUGGGGACAGGCCGGAUCUGUGAUGAGGCGGCGAGGAUGGGUAGAUGAGGUGCUCAAUGAUGGGGAGAACUAUGUGUUGCAUUGA